AUGUACGACGUCCCGUGGAGGACUAGGACUCGUACUGAGCAAACAAUCCCUGCGUCCAGUCGGCCUUUGUCUCCCAGUAUGAUCGACUUUGAGAUCCGUGCCUUAGGCGGCAUGACCACUGCAUUUGACACAAAGCCUGAGGAGCUGCAGAACCUAAAAAGCCCUAUCCCGGUCGGAGAUAGAAUUAUUGAACUGAAUGUCGAAAAUGCGCGCCUAAGGCGUGAAAUAGACUACUACAAGACCUUAACCAACGAGGUCCUUCACCCACUUUUAGCCCACGUCAGGUUUCACACACAGGGACUAUUCUCAGCGGUCCAAAGACUUGAUGCAAAGAUCGAAGAGGCCAAUGCGCGAUUGUGA